UUGUGUCCACAGCUGUAUGAACUGGACGGAGACCCAAAGAGAAAAGAGUUUCUUGAUGACCUUUUCAGCUUCAUGCAAAAAAGGGGAACCCCUGUGAACCGUAUUCCCAUCAUGGCCAAACAGGUCCUGGACCUGUACAUGCUCUACAGGCUGGUGACAGAGAAGGGCGGCCUAGUGGAAGUCAUCAACAAGAAACUGUGGAGGGAGAUCACCAAGGGACUCAACCUGCCUACCUCAAUCACCAGUGCAGCCUUCACUCUUCGCACACAGUACAUGAAGUACCUUUACCCAUACGAAUGUGACAAGAGAGGCCUGAGCAACCCCAAUGAGCUCCAGGCGGCCAUCGACAGUAAUCGACGGGAAGGUCGACGACAGAGCUUUGGCAGCUCCCUCUUUACUUAUUCUCCCAAUGGGACACCCACCAUGUUGUCCUCACCGAAGGUCUCCACGCCUAGCGUGGGAAUGGCAGUGGGCACCAACGGGGCCUCGCUGACCCCCAUCCAAAAAUUCAAGAAAGAGGAGGGAAGCCAGCCGCUGCCGGGGGUCAGCAUGGCUCGGCUGCCACCGGGAGCUUUGGCAGGCCACUCAGUGGCUGCUGUGCAGGCAGCGGCAGCCCAGGCGGCGAUGGUGGCUCAGGUGGCUGCUCUGGAGCAGCUGAGGGACAAACUAGAGGCCGGCGAGCCGCCAGAGAAGAAAAUGGCGCUGCCGGCCGAGGAGCAUCACCGACUAUUGCAGAGAGCGCUGCAACACAACCUGCUGGCCAUGACCACUCAGUUACCAAUGAACAUCCGCAUCAACAGUCAAGAUGGCAGACAAGAUUCUGCUCUGAACCUCACCACAAACGGCACAAGCAGCAUCAGCAUGUCGGUGGAGCUCAAUGGAGUUGUGUACACUGGCGUUCUUUUUGCUCAGGCAGCAGCGGGGGCAGCCUCGGCUGGUGCGUCUGCAUCAUCCCUCUCCAACAAGCCCGUCAGCAGUCGUGUGGCCCCACAGCAGCAGAACACACCUACCUCAACCUCCAACAACCCCUUGUCUUAA